AUGCCAGGCUUUGGCCCAGAAGACAGGGGGUACCGAAACCACCACAACGGAGUACCCCGGCAGCUGUCUCUCCUAUUAGAAAGGUCCCACGGGUGUGGAGCUUCCAUCAUUAGCUCCAGCUGGGCGCUGACGGCUGCACACUACAUCGACGGCAUCUCGGCAUCUCUGUUGACCGUGCGUGCCGGCUCCACGUACAGAAAUAGUGGCGGGACUGUGCUCGCUGUAGCACAGGCUAUCAAACACAGACUGUAUUCCAUUGCCGACUAUGACAUUGCGGUGGUGCAGCCCGCUGAGUCAUUCCCGCUGGGCUCUGAUUUGCAGCCCGUGGGCCUUCCAGACGCCGGAUAUGAUCCUCCGAACGGCCUCGCCGUUACUGUGACGGGCUGGGGAACGACAGCGUCCGGUGGAACUUCUGCAUCCGCACUGAUGAAGGUGGACAUUAAUAUUAUUGAACGGUCUACUUGCCGGGAACACAUGGGUAGCCUCGUAUCGAAGCGGAUGGUGUGCGCCGGUGAAGCAGGCAAGUCUGUGUGCAAUGGGGACUCGGGAGGUCCACUCGUCAGUGGUACCACACAUGUGGGCAUCGUGUCCUGGGGAGGCUUCACAUGCGAAGGCUAUGGCGCAGUUUAUACAAACAUUGGAGAACUACGUUCGUGUGUCACCAAUACUACGGGUGUUUAA